UAAAACAAUUCAGUCAUAAUGAAACAAUGACUAUUCUGUGAUAAAUGUGAUUAAUAAUUAAGUAUUAUUUAAAAGUGUUCAAGUGCUUAACAAAAUGAGAAAAUCUUUAAUAAUACAAAUUUUGUCAACUGCUGUGGUUGCCUUUCAAGCCAGUAUGACUGGUGCUGCCAUGAGCUGGCCCUCCGUGACAGUAGACAUAUUCAAGUCAAACUCCACAGUUCUAUAUAGACCCAUGACACUGCUUGAGACAUCGUUGUUCGGAAGUCUCAUCAAUGUAGGAGGCUUGGUCACGGCACCGUUCUGUGGAACAGUUUUCAAUAUGUUGGGGCGGAAGUAUGGGUGCGUGUUUUUCGGUAUACCAUUCAUGCUAGGCUGGGCUAUAAUCUCCAUCACAUCCGACGUAAACUGGGUGUUAGUAGCCAUGGCGUUCUCAGGGAUCGGUGCUGGUGGUCAAGCUGUUUCUCCCAUCUUCAUAGCAGAGCUGGCUGAAGACUCUGUCCGGGGCGGACUGUCGGCUUGCUCAGUUGCCUUCCUGACUUCUCUCACUGGCUUCACCUACGCAUGGCCUUCGGGAGUGAUAGAAAACUUCCGCUCAAACGAAACUGUCUUGUCACACCCCAUGUCCUCACUGGAAAUCUCACUGCUGGGCAGCCUGACUAAUGUGGGGGGGCUGGCGGCCACACCCUUCUGUGGGUAUGCUGUGAAUAAGUUUGGAAGGAAGUAUACGGCUAUGCUGUAUGGUCUGCCAUUUGUGCUCUCCUGGACGAUAAUCUCUCUCACCAACUACGUGCCUCUGAUCUUAGCAGCCAUGUGCGUAGCUGGCUUCGGAGCCGCCGGCCAAAUAGUCUCCGGAGUAUACGUGUCUGAAAUAGCCCAGGACUCCAUCCGAGGAGCCCUCACCUCAAGUGUGGUCACAGGGUUCUUCCUUGGUUUACUCUUCUCGUACAUCUUGGGAGGGUAUUUGACGUACAACCAAGUUGUUUACACGUUUUUGACGCUGUCAGUGUUGUACAUUGUGUUGCUGACGUUCUUGAGGGAGUCGCCAGUUUUUUUGAUGCAGCAAGGGAAGGAAAAGGAAGCAGCCGAAGCGAUAGCGUUCUACAGACGCGUCCCAGUGACGUCUAAAGAGGUGGAGAUCGAGAUAACGAAAAUAAGAAUACAACUGGAUCCGAGAAUAAACGAAGUGUUGCAGUGUGAGAAUGAGCCAGAUUUAACCAACACACUCUUAAAAGACAAGCCUCCAGCACCAGCUCCGCAAAAACCGGAAUCGGCAUGGCAGUUCUUGCAAAAGUCAGAGUCCUCCAAGCGUGCACUAAUGGCUGUGCUCAUCGUCAUGGCAACGACCAUCCUGAUGGGAUCCAUUGUCAUCCAGGUGUAUGCAGAGGAGAUGUUCCGAAUGGCGGUGCCUUCGAUGCCACCUAACAUGUGUGCCAUCGUGUUAGCUGUCAUCUUCGUGUGCGCUUGCUUCGUGUGUUCUGCUGUGGUCGACAAACUUGGGAGAAAGAUGCUUUUAACAAGCACGUCAGCAGUUUCCGGGAUAUUCACACUACUGCUGGGAACACAGCUGGAGUGCGGCUGGGCGCCACACUGGGUCACAGCGCUCCUCAUCUACUUAUACUGUUUCAUCUAUACCAUCGGCGCAGCUUGUGUACCUUUCAUACUUACUGCUGAGGUUUUCCUGCCGGAGGUCCGCGGCCUCGGCAACACAUUGACCAUGGGUUGCAUGUGGAUCUUCAAUUUCAUCACUCUCAUGAUCUUCAAUCCACUAGUGGAGGUGCUGAGUCUCGGCAUCGUGUUCUGCGGGUUUUCAGCCACCUGCUUCCUCGGUGCUCUCUACAGCCACUACUGCCUGCCCGAGACUACGGGACUACCGGCUGACGAGAUCCAGCUACUCUUCCUUAAAAAGAAAACGAAGAAUAAUAAAGUCUAG